AAGUCAGAGUCUGAACAGCUGCGGAAGCUCUUCAUCGGAGGUCUGAGCUUUGAAACAACCGAUGAGAGUCUGAGGAGCCAUUUUGAGCAAUGGGGAACACUUACGGACUGUGUGGUAAUGAGAGAUCCGAACACCAAGCGCUCCAGAGGCUUUGGGUUUGUCACCUAUGCCACUGUGGAGGAGGUGGAUGCAGCCAUGAAUGCAAGGCCACACAAGGUGGAUGGAAGAGUUGUGGAACCAAAGAGGGCUGUCUCAAGAGAAGAUUCUCAAAGACCUGGUGCCCACUUAACUGUGAAAAAGAUUUUUGUUGGUGGCAUUAAAGAAGACACUGAAGAACAUCAUCUAAGAGAUUAUUUCAAACAGUAUGGGAAAAUCGAAGUGAUUGAGAUCAUGACUGACCGAGGCAGUGGCAAAAAGAGGGGUUUUGCUUUUGUAACAUUUGAUGACCAUGAUUCUGUAGACAAGAUUGUCAUUCAAAAAUACCAUACUGUGAAUGGCCACAACUGUGAAGUAAGGAAAGCGCUCUCUAAGCAAGAGAUGGCUAGUGCUUCAUCCAGCCAAAGAGGUCGAAGUGGUUCUGGAAACUUUGGUGGUGGUCGUGGAGGUGGUUUUGGUGGGAAUGACAACUUUGGUCGCGGAGGAAACUUCAGUGGUCGAGGUGGCUUUGGUGGCAGUCGAGGUGGUGGUGGAUAUGGUGGCAGUGGGGAUGGCUAUAACGGAUUUGGUAAUGAUGGAAGCAACUUUGGAGGUGGCGGAAGCUAUAAUGAUUUUGGCAAUUACAACAAUCAAUCCUCAAAUUUUGGACCCAUGAAAGGAGGCAAUUUUGGAGGCAGAAGCUCUGGCCCUUAUGGUGGUGGAGGCCAAUACUUCGCCAAACCACGAAACCAAGGUGGCUAUGGUGGUUCCAGCAGCAGCAGCAGCUAUGGCAGUGGCAGAAGGUUUUAAUUACUGCCAGGAAACAAAGCUUAGCAGGAGAGGAGAGCCAGAGAAGUGACAGGGAAGCUACAGGUUACAACAGAUUUGUGAACUCAGCCAAGCACAGUGGUGGCAGGGCCUAGCUGCUACAAAGAAGACAUGUUUUAGACAAUACUCAUGUGUAUGGGCAAAAAAACUCGAGGACUGUAUUUGUGACUAAUUGUAUAACAGGUUAUUUUAGUUUCUAUUCUGUGGAAAGUGUAAAGCAUUCCAACAAAGGGUUUUAAUGUAGAUUUUUUUUUUUUUUUGCACCCAUGCUGUUGAUUGCUAAAUGUAAUAGUCUGAUCAUGACGCUGAAUAAAUGUGUCUUUUUUUUUU